UAUCCGGUGCACAGAAAAAUGGCGGCGCCCUUGUGAAAGUCGUGUUGUUGAGGUCCUGUCGGAGAAGCUGCUCAUCAUUUCGGACAAAACCGAGAAACCCGGGAGCUUCUCCUCACAAACGACCCCAGGAACUGCCCGCAGCGCGGGGGUCUCAGGGAUAGAAACACCAUGGUCCAUUUAACAUCAUUACUGCUCAAAAAAUACCACGGAGGUCAUGUGGUCAUCCGACUGGCACUUGGAGGGGCCACUAACAGACCAUUCUACCGCAUAGUGGCUGCCUACAACAAACGGGCACGUGAUGGCAAAUACAUAGAGCAGCUGGGCUCGUAUGACCCUCUUCCAAACAUCUACAACGAAAAGCUUGUCAGCUUCAACUACGACAGAAUUAAGUACUGGAUGGGUUGCGGCGCUCAUCCCACCAAACCUGUGGCCAAACUUUUAGGACUGGCAGGAUUUUUCCCCUUGCAUCCCAUGACGAUAACAGAGGCAGAGCGGCGGAAAAAAGCAGCUUUGAAAGACGAAGUUAAAGCACAGAAUGACGACCAAGAAGAAAAACAAGCAGAGCAAUAGGCUGUCUUUACUGUCAUUGCCUAAGCAGCCCCUGCUUUGGGUUAUUAUCUCAAAUGAACUGUUCUUACACUGUCAAAAUAAUGUUACCCUGUCAUGUCUUUGUACCACUCUGAAUGGUGAGUCUUCCUGAUGCCCCAGUGCUCAGGUCAGAUAUGCUGUGCAUUUAGAGCUGUUCUCUCCAAUGUGAGAAAAUAAAGAUUGUUAAUUGUUGCUACUAACUUUCCAGUGGAAGUUAAAUUUUAUUUUUUUUUGUCUUACUGUUCCACACUCUCACACUGUCACUUCACAGCGAGAAGGGCCUGGGUUCGAUUCCCAGGCUGGCGACCAGGGUUCUUUCUGUGUGGAGAACAAAUUUGUUACAUGUAAGAAGCCUCCUAAUAACUACAAUGAAUAACAAUGUUCUAACAUCAAAAGGCAUAAAUGAGCAAUAACAACAAAACCAAAAUGCUCCUAUUGGGAUCAGCAGAACUGUUUAUACCACCUGCACAUGAUGGAGAUCUGUUUUUGGCAGAUGCCCCGUUUCUGUUGCUAAUGCGCCUCCUUAAUAAAUACCCCAGUUCAGCAAGCA